GCUCUUUGUUGUUCCGUGCGCGCAAUUCUGUGAUAAAGUGUACUUAACAUACCGUAGUUGAUGUUAUCAAUUAGUAAUGAUUAGGUCUUGGCCUAAAUGCCGACCUCAACUCACGCAACUUGUGCAUACCCCAUCAAACCACUGCAAUAACUACAGAAAUCAACACACAAUAUAGCAACAAAUAUAAUAAUAAUACACAGGAGCAUCGCUGCAUGCAGCAGCAGCAGCCAUCGUUUUGUUCGCUUAAAUUUGGUUAAGAACCAAGCCAGGGACACGACAGCGAUAGCGAUAACAACAACUACAGCAACUGCAACAGCAACAGCCACAGACACAACAAUUGCAACAACCACAAUAACAUCGUCAUGAAGUUCGCCGAGCAUCUGUCGGCGCACAUAACGCCCGAGUGGCGCAAACAGUACAUCAACUAUGAGGAAAUGAAGGCCAUGCUAUAUUUGGCGGUGGAGGAAGCGCCCAGCGUGGACAGCGUAGAGGAUGAGGUGCUUAAGCGUCACUUUGCCAAUUUCGAUGAGAACUUCUUUCACUACUGCGACAAGGAGCUGAAAAAGAUCAACACAUUCUAUUCGGAAAAGUUGGCGGAGGCCACACGCAAAUUUGCCACGUUGAAUGCGGAACUAAAGUCAAGCAUUGAGGAGUCUGAACGUACAGCCAAAAAGUCCAAGGGACAGAAGCGGCAUGCAGCGUUGCCCGAUCGCAAGGCACGCGAACUCAAAUUGGCAUUCAGUGAGUUCUAUUUGAGUCUGAUACUGUUGCAGAACUAUCAGAAUCUGAAUCAUACGGGCUUUCGCAAAAUACUUAAAAAGCAUGACAAGCUGCUGCGCGUCGACACCGGCGCCAAGUGGCGUCAGGAGUAUGUGGAGGCUUCGCAUUUCUUCAUCAACAAGGACAUUGACAACAUUAUCAAUGAGACGGAGACAACGGUCACGGGGGAACUGGAGGGUGGUGAUCGGCAGCGUGCAAUGAAGCGAUUACGUGUGCCGCCGCUGGGCGAGCAACAGAGUCCGUGGACAACGUUCAAAGUGGGUCUCUUUUCCGGCAGCUUCAUUGUACUGGGCAUUGUUGUUGUGUUGUCGGCCAUUUUCCACGACAUAACCGGCGAAAAUCUGAAGGUCACGUUUCGUCUGUAUCGCGGACCGCUGCUGCUCAUCGAGUUCAUCUUUCUGAUUGGCGUCAACAUCUACGGCUGGCGUUCGUCCGGCGUUAAUCAUGUGCUCAUCUUUGAGCUGGAUCCCCGCAAUCACCUGUCCGAGCAACAUCUCAUGGAACUAGCAGCCAUUUUCGGUGUCGUCUGGACGCUGAGCAUGCUGAGCUUUCUAUUCAGCGCCAGCUUAAGCAUACCGGCCUUCAUAAAUCCGCUAACGCUGACUCUAAUCAUGGUGCUGUUCCUGGUCAAUCCAUUUCAUGUGCUGCAUCACGAUGCACGGUUCUGGCUGUUGCGCAUUACUGGACGCUGUUUGGCGGCGCCGUUCUUUCACGUGGGCUUCGCCGAUUUCUGGUUGGGCGAUCAACUGAAUUCGCUGGCCACCGCCAUACUGGACUUUGAGUAUCUCGUCUGCUUCUACUUUACGAAUGGCAACUGGUCACAGGCUGUGGAUGCGUCCAUCUGUAUGGAAAAGGAUUUCAUAGUGCGACCCAUUGUUAAUUGCCUGCCCGCCUGGUUUCGCUUUGCCCAAUGUCUACGGCGAUAUCGUGACACGCGUGAGGCCUUUCCACAUCUGGUCAAUGCCGGCAAAUACUCCACCACCUUUAUGGUUGUCAUCUUUGCCACACUCAAGAGCUUCAACAGUCCCAACUAUACGAGCACCUUUGAUAAUCCGUACACCUGGCUGUGGAUCGUCUCCUCAAUAGUCUCCUCCUGCUAUUCGUACACCUGGGACAUCAAAAUGGAUUGGGGCCUCUUCGACAAGAAUGCGGGCGAAAAUACGUUUCUGCGAGAGGAAGUGGUCUACUCAUCAACGGGCUUUUACUACUUUGCCAUAUUGGAGGAUCUGGCGCUGCGUUUUAUCUGGGCGCUGUCGUUCUAUUUGACUGAAAUGCGAUAUGUGACCGGCGAUAUUAUGACCUCCAUAACCGGCAUACUGGAAGUAUUUCGACGCUUCGUUUGGAACUUCUUUCGCUUGGAGAACGAGCAUCUGAAUAAUUGCGGUAAAUUCCGUGCCGUGCGAGAUAUCUCAAUAGCACCGCUGGACUCGUCCGAUCAGACGCUUAUCCUACGCAUGAUGGAUGAGACGGACGGGGUGAUCAAUCGCUAUACGAAAACUAACCGACCCAAGCCAAAGAAGGUCAAGGAUCCGGAGAAGCGUAGCCUAUUGCAUCCACGCGGCUCGAUGCAGGAUCUCAGCAUUGAUAUUGAUGGGAAUAGCAAAAAGCUAUAAUACAAGGCACCCCCUCCCCCAUCCCCACCCCCCACACCAACCGCUACCCUCUUGUGGCCAACUUCCCCUCAUUCCUCACGCCUUACGAGCUUCCUAAUGAACUUUUUCUUUUGUUUUUUUUUGUGUGGCAUCAUUAUAAUAAUUAUUCUUGAUUUUUUUUAAUUAAUGUUUACAAUUAGUCACUUAAGUACUUAAAGUCUUAAACGUUUAUGUCCCACAGAACACAGCAAUAAUUAGAUUUUAAGUUCUGCUAAAUACUAAAUUAGCAUUCCAUUAACGCAUCUAGCAAAAUUACCUUGUAACCAAUUAACCUUAAAGCGAACACAAAUCGAACCCAAAACAUAUCUAAUUUACAAAUUCCCAUCAAUCCCAUUGAGGGGGGCAGUAUUAUUUAGAAAAUCGAGACAAAAACUAACAAAAAAAAAAUAAACCUUAAACACAAUCGAAACAUUGGCACUGAACCUAUAGCAAGAACACAUUCCUUUAUAAAUAUAUAUAUAUAUGCGCAUACAAAACAAAACAAAAAUGAUGAAAAACAAAACCUUAAUUAAGCUUUAGACAAUUAUUUGUUGUCCUAGCAUCAAUUUGUGUUUGCAACUAACUGUACUUAGUAGUUUGUAGAGUUGUGCUUUAUGUUUCUUUAUGCCAGCAUGUGUCCAAGCCCGAUUUCGCUAUAAGUUCGUAAAGCUCGCUUG